CCAAGACUUAACACCGGAAGUAGCUUUGUGAACAUUGCCUUAGCAGCACAGCAAUUUGUAGGCUAGCUAUGAGUCAUUUGAACCAGAUGAUGUCAUCUUAUGUUAUGUCCGUGUUAUCAUUAACACUAACCAGUCAAGUUCGAAGACCGUUGUCUGAUUGUGACUUGAGCUGUCAAAUAUGGCAUAUGAGGAAGAGAGAACUCAGAAAAACCUGACAGAGGAUCCUGACAGACAAAUCCUCAUAGAUGAGAUGAAACAAGAAACUAGCCAAAACAUUUGCCAGCACUUCCAAUUGGGCAGAUGUCAUUUUGGAGACAGAUGUCGACUGUCUCACAGUGUGCUUGACGUCCCUCAAACCACAUACUCAGAGGAAGAUGAUACAGAAAAGCAGAGCAAGAUCCGAAAAAAUGGAAAAGAGACUCAUGCAGAAAAGCAGCAUCUAGAGACUGAGAAGGAAGGGUGUAAGAAGAAGCCACGCAUGCGUACAGCCGAUGAAGUCAUCUCCAGAAUUAUAUGGGACUCCUCAGUGGACCCAGCUGAUUUUAUAGUCGGUCACCUGGACCGUUUCCUUGGGGUGCUGGAACGCCCAUUCUCUGACUUCUCAUGGGACUCUCAGGUAUGUGACUGUGAUUUUUCUGAGGAGCUGGCUCUCCCUCGUCACAGGAUACAAUACUUCAACUACAAAGGCCAGCGGGUGUGGGAUAGAGACAGUCGCACUGACAGGGUGUUCGGCUCCACGGGCCAGACUAUUUUGCCUCCUUUUGGCAGUGAGGAACCGCAACAAGACCAUUUAACAACUGACACUGGACAACAUGAAGAGUCCAUCAACACAGGAGAUGUUUCAAAUGACCUAGAGCAAGUGACAGAGUUUUCUGAAGAACAGGAUGAUGUUGUAACUUCAGUUACAACAACAAACAAUAAACAAGAGCUGGGAGAUGCCGUAGAUCGCUCAUUUACCGAAAAUGCUGAGAAAGGAACCAGUGAUGACGUCUUACUUUUGCAAAAACAAUCUGCACCAGAAGACAAAAAGAUGGCAGCUACUGAAGAACUCCGUUUGAAUCAGUUGGCAAAGGAGUUAUCCAUCACGCCAAAAAAAGAACAGACUGAAAUAGUGGAAGAAUGGAAGGACAGCUGGGAUGGAGUGAGUGGUUCAGAAGCAGAGCUGGUAUCAUUCAUUCUGCCAAAACCACUUUUUAGACGUCCACCACCAAACAGACCCACACACUUCAUCUGCUUCCGCGUGGACUCUCCCGCUGCUCUCCUGGCCUUCCAGCGCAUUCAGAAAACGGUUCUAUCCCGCCUCCCUCAGUCAGAGCCGCUAUGGGUGGACCCUGCAACUUUACACGUCACUCUUUCCUUACUUGUCCUGAAGGGCCCAGAGGAAGUCCGCACUGCUGCUGAGCUCCUGCGUACCACAAUCAGAAACUCCCACAAACCCCCUAUUUCUGUGUCUUUCACUCCAAAACUAAGGCACUUUAAUGGGACUGUUCUCCAUGUGACCCCACAACCCCUGUUCGAUGUCCAGUGCCUGAAUUCCCCUCUCCAAGAAGCCUUCAAGGAGAAGGGCUGGCUACACCGCCAUUCCCGAUGCCCGACGUACCAUCUCACCCUGGCCAAAUCUCGGGAGCCCAUGACAGAGAAGAUGUUUGAAGGGAUAGGGACUGUUAAACUGGCCAAAGAUGUCAACUUCGGCAAGCUAGAAGUAAAUAAACUCUAUCUUUGUGUGAUCGGUCAUACCAACACAGAGAACGGUUUCUAUCAGGUUGUAUGUGUUGUGCAGCUGCCCAAUGUGUGAAAGCGCCUGGUUAUGUAUCAUCUGAACUUAGGGAUGAUGGUUAUUAAUUACAUCAAAUACCUGAUGUAUUUUAAAUCAGGAAGUCAGUAUAAUGACUUCUAUGAUCUUAAUUAUGUGCGCCUAAUUUCACUCAUAUAUAUCUAUAGAUGCAGAACUAUCCCAAAGCAUGACUGCUUAUUUUAAAUUUAAUAGUUGCAAAGACAAUGAAUGAAAGCA